AUGCCUUCACAAAGGAACACCCUCGUUCUAGGCCUUGCGGCUACGGCUUCGGUUGUUGCCGCUGGACCCUGCGAUAUCUACGCCACCGGCAAUACCCCUUGCAUCGCUGCUCACAGCACCACCCGCGCCUUGUACAGCUCCUUCAGCGGCUCCCUCUACCAGGUCAAGCGCGGCUCUGACGGCGCUACCACCAACGUCGCACCUCUAUCUGCUGGUGGUGUUGCUAAUGCAGCAACGCAAGACAAAUUCUGCGCUAACACCACUUGCCUCAUCACCAUCAUCUACGACCAAUCUGGUCGUGGCAACCACCUCACGCAAGCUCCACCAGGAGGCUUCAAGGGCCCGGAAGCUAACGGCUAUGAUAACUUGGCUGCAGCUGAUGGUGCACCAGUCACACUGAACGGUCAGAAGGCGUAUGGCGUCUUUGUAAGCCCAGGUACUGGCUAUCGCAAUGACAAAGUGAGCGGUUCGGCGACUGGUGACGCAGCAGAGGGCAUGUACGCUGUGCUCGAUGGCACGCAUUACAAUGGCGCGUGUUGUUUCGAUUAUGGAAACGCAGAAACCAACAACCUCGACACAGGUAAUGGACACAUGGAAGCCAUCUACUUUGGCGACAAUACCGUCUGGGGCUCCGGUUCCGGCAGUGGACCCUGGGUCAUGGCUGAUCUGGAAAAUGGCCUUUUCUCUGGCGCAAAUCCGAAGAACAAUCCUGCCGACCCUUCAGUAUCCUACCGCUUCUUGACCACCCUCCUCAAGGGCGGAGCAAACAAGUGGGCUAUAAAGGGGGGUAAUGCUGCCUCCGGCGCACUGUCAACAUACUACAAUGGCGCGCGCCCCAGUGCUUCAGGCUACAACCCCAUGAGCAAAGAAGGCGCCAUCAUCCUCGGUAUCGGCGGUGACAACAGCAACGGUGCUCAGGGAACCUUUUACGAAGGCGUCAUGACAUCCGGUUACCCAACCGAUGCAACGGAGAGCGCGGUCCAAGCGAACAUCGUUGCGGCGAAGUAUGCAACUACGUCCUUGACCAGCGGUCCGGCAUAUACAGUCGGUUCUUCGAUCUCGCUCCGUGCGACAACAGCUGGAUACACGGACCGGUAUCUCGCACAUAAUGGCGCGACAGUGAACACGCAGGUUGUGUCUUCAAGCAGCACUGCAUUGUUGAAGAGACAGGCUAGCUGGACAGUCCGCGCUGGUCUUGCGAACAGUGCUUGCUUUUCGUUUGAGUCGAAGGAUACGGCUGGAAGUUAUAUCCGUCACUAUAACUUCGUGUUGCAGAUGCAGGCGAGUGACGGAAGUAAGGCGUUCAAGGAGGAUGCGACGUUCUGUCCCCAGACUGGGUUUUCUGGUUCUGGUACUUCGAUCCGCGCAUGGGGGUAUCCUACUCGGUACAUCAGGCAUUACAACAAUAUCGGGGAUAUUGCGAGUAAUGGGGGUGUUCAUGACUUUGAUGCUCAGGCGUCAUUUAAUGCUGAUGCCACUUGGACGCUUGAGAAGGGGUUGGCGUAG